GGGGAGGAGGAGGACGUUUCUGAAUCUGCUGUGUCUUUGCUUGUUGCAGGACCAUCAUGGGCCCGCAUGGCAUCAACCGAGGCGUACAGAGGCUGGAGUUCUGCGACUGCAAGAAGGGACUCGGUGUGAAGAUAAUUGGAGGUUACAGAGAUCUGACCGGAGAAGAGUUUGGCAUCUACAUCAAGCGAGUGAUCGCCGGUGGGCUGGCAGCUCUGGACGGUCGGCUUAAGGCAGGUGACCUGAUUUUGGAUGUCAAUAACAUCAGUCUGAUGGGUGUGACCAAUGAGAGGGCGGUGGAGAACCUGAGGACGGCCUCGCUCUCUAAUCACAUGUCUCUGCUGAUCGCCAGGGACGAUGAAUCCAGGAGGGAGUUCGCUGAGCUGAUGGAAAAGUACGGCUCCAAUAAUUUCACAUCGUCGGGACAAAUCUCUCCGACUCAGCUCUGCACAGGGAAGUUGACGGACACGGCCUCCUCCUCCUCAUCCUCCAGAUCGGAGAGCCCCCAGCUCCUCAGUCCUAAAGAGGGGGUCACCGCUUACACCCACGCCCCCCCUUACACCACCAACCCCCCCUACACCGUGCACACGCCUCCGCACGCCUUCAGCGACAGCGGCAUUCAGUUGAUUUGCGUUUCCAAGGGAACCGGCCUCGGGCUCGUCAUCAAGGGCGGAGCUAACCACGCUGAAGGACCAAUGGUGUUCAUUCAGGAAAUCGUGCCUGGAGGAGACUCCCACAAGGACGGCCGGCUGCAGGUUGGAGAUCAGCUGGUGUCCAUCAACAAAGAGUCACUGAUUGGCGUGACGUACGAGGAGGCGCGGAGCAUCCUGACACGCACCAAGCUCAGACCGGACCCCACGGUGGAAAUCGCCUUCAUCCGGCAGAAGUCGUCCUCCAGCUCCAGCAGCGGGCCCCACAGCCCCAUCUCCCUGCAGACGAGGGCUCCGGUGCCUCCACCGCCUGCCGUGGUCACCAAGAUCACCUCCAGCAGAAACCCGGCCUGUGAGACUCUGCCGGCGGUCAACGUCAGCCAGGUCCGAGUGUCUGCAGCCCGCUCCGAGCCGACACGAGUCUCCUCCCCACCAGAGAGCGACAGCAGCGCUGAGACAAACCCUGAACCAGCGCACAGGAAGUGUCGCCUCAAACUGGAGAGACUGCAGCAGGCUCUGGAUGUGCUCGGGCUGAAGCCGACAGACGCUCAGCAGCAGGCGCUGCGCUGCAGACUGCGAGCUGAUCCCGCGGGGACGGUGGCCUUCACAGACUUUGAGAGCCAGGUCCGGGAGCUGUUCCAGCCUCAGCUGUCCGUCAGCUUCACGUCUGAGGAUCUGUGCAGCUUGUUGGAGCCCCCGACUGACUGACAGCCGUCUCUGUCCGACUCGGAGGAUCUGGAGGAGAUGGAGAGGCUGAGGAAGGAACACAUCGAGGCUCUGAGGGAGAUCAAGAGGCUGCAGGAGCAGCUGGUCGAGUCUCAGAGAGUUCACCACCAGAUGGACGAGGAGCUCAAUAAAGUCCGACAGGAAGUAAAACUCGGUGCGGAGGAGAGUCGCACUCUGAGGACUCGGAUCCAGCUGGCGGAGGAGGCUCAGAAGCAGGCGAGGGGGAUGGAGAUGGACUACGAGGAGGUGAUCCACCUGCUGGAGGCCGAGAUUGCCGAGCUCAAGACUCUGAGGGUGGAGCAACCGGUCAAUAAGGACGACGCGGAGGAGCUGAAGAAGAGAGUGGCCAUCCUCGAGUGUCAACUACGGAAGAGUGAAGCGACCAAAAAGGGCUUCGAGCUGUCGACGGGGAAACUGCUGAGUUUUGUGGAGAACGUCCAAGAGUUCCUGAUUGACAGUCACGGACCAACUAAGAGCUACAGCUCCGGAGACGUUAAAGUCGGAGCGUCGUCGCAAAGCCUCCCUCCCCGCUACAAGAAGAGUCCGUGGACGGCGGCCACGCUCGCCCAGGAAGCGAAGGAGCUCACAAGGACGGUCAGAGCCAUCCUGGAGGUUGACUUGCUGACCUUCUAGAGGAUCCGACUGUCAGCACGACGCUGAGACGUCUGCAGGACAUCAACCGCCAACCCAAACUCUGUUCCCUGACAACUCCUCAUCUCCUCAGUACCUGCUAGCAAUGGACUCAUGGCUUAACUCUGCAUGAAAAACUGUUUGCACAUUUAUCAAUGCACAUUUUCUGACCAAAAUUAUGGUUUUAUUCCAGAGUUUUAACCUGAAACAAAUGGAAAAGAAAUGCAUAUAAAUUUGUAAUUUGCUUUUAGAAUGAAACUUCUUUUCUUUUUACGCUCGUCAUUCAAACUGAAGCUGGAAACAAUGAGUUCAUCUUUUGAGAGACGAUAAGUUUCUGCAAGUGGCUUCACUGAGAUGCACGACGUUAACGUUUAGAGGUUUUGCCCAUUGGUCACAACAUUACAUGAUGAGUGAUGGCACCAGAACUGUGUGGCCGCCUCCUCUGAGGCUGCAGGAUGUUAAGUGAUUCACGCUGUUGACCAAAAUCAACCACCUUCCUAGUUUUGACCUGAGACACAAAAUGAAAGACGUGACUUCUUAGUGUUUGUGGACAGUUUUCAGUCGAUGGUUAUGAAUCUUAUUGUCUCAUAUGCGACAGAGAUAACAAGCUAACUAGCUUAGAGAGCUAUUGUGACUGACAAGCUGCAACUAGCCAACCCUUAAAUUAAACCAUGAAAUUGUGCCAUCGGCUCAUCAUUCUGAAACCCCAAUAGACGAAUAAAGUCCCAUUAGAACGAAAGCCUAUUUGUCCGUCAGCCCGUCAUGUUAUGUCGUGUUAUGUUAUGUUAUAUCAUGUUAUGUUACGUCACGUCACGUCAUGUCAUGUCAUGUUAUGUUAUGUUAUGUUAUGCUAUGUUCGGACGGCCCUAAAGCACCCAUUGGGCCGAAAGUACAGCUUUCCCUGCAAAUAAAACGAAGCACAUGGCUAAUUAUUAUGCAGAAUGACGAUAUCUAACUUUCCCUGUCGUGAUAUCUUUUUGCCUACUAUGGCAAAGGCAUGACCUAUUCAGUCAGAUAAUGCAGUUUUCAGUUCUUAGCAUUGAUUAGAAUCCCAGAGACAGCGCCAAAACACUCGUCAGAUUGUGACUAAAGUGAGCAAUGGACAAAACUCCCAAAACGUUGGUGUAGCUCUUCAGAAGUCUCCCAACCUCUGUCUGUUUAGCAUCAAUAAAUAUCUUCAUUUAACAAACAAUAUAAGAUGAAACUUCACAACAUCAUAUUGUUGCCAUUUACUGUAGUUCACGUUCCAGAUCGAGUUAUUACAGUUAGAAAAUAACGUUCUGUAGCUUCCUGUCUGUCUCACUUGUUAUCAAUGUUUAGCUUUGUGUCUGAGAGGCUGGACGCUCGUAUCUGUGCAUUAGAUUAGCCAAGAAAUCAAAGACUAGAAGCAUCAAACAAUACGAUCCUUAAAAACCUCACUGAUCUCCAAACACGAGGUCAUGAAGGAUGAAGGCAGACGGUAAAGCAGCCAUCGUGCUCUCACACCAGCUGAUUGGACGCUUUAGACACUUUCAUCAUGUUAGGAGUUAUUUGCUGUUUGUCCUUUAUCUUUUCUGAGUAAAUAUUCUGAAACAA